UGUGCGUCAUUAUUCUGGAGCGUUCUGAUCGACGCGUCUCUUCAACAACUCAAUAAAGUCAAUGGCCGCGAUGGAGAAAUUAAUCCAGACGGUGUACGCGUUCCCGGUGCUGUACAACGUGUCUCUGCACGAUUACCGAAGCACCGAGCGGAGGGUGAAGGCGUGGAGGGAGGUCGCCGCGUCGGUCGGGCUCCCCGUGGUGGAGUGUAAGCGCAGGUGGAAGACCAUCAGGGACAGAUACAUCCGCGAGAGGAGACUCUGUAAGCUGAAGAAGGAUCUGGGCGGCCGGCGUCUGCAUUACUGGCCCCACAGAGAGAGCCUGGCCUUCCUGGACGCUCACAUCCGCAAGAGGAGGCGUCCCAGUGGAGCCCAGGGGGCGCAGGGGCCUGAGGAGGAGGAGCACAGCAGCGCCGCCCUGCAGGAGGACAAGGAGUGUGUGUCAGAGGAGUGUGUUGGUUCGGGCUCCAGGUUAGCGGUGUCUCCUCUGCCGGUCUCCAUCAUGUCAUCUCCUCCUCCUCAGCUGAAAGCCGUCCCGCAGGUGAGUCCGCUGCUGCUGGCCGCUCUGCCUCCAGGUCUGAAGGUGGCACCAGUCUGCGGUUCGGCCUCGGCUUCAGCCGGCCCUCUGAACGGGCCCCUGGAGGAGCAGCAGAGGGCCGACGGGGCCCUGGAUGAGGACCAGCUGUUUCUGCUCAGUUACGUCCCUGCGCUCAAGAGACUGACGCCACAGAAAAGAGCCGCCGUCAAGAUGCAGAUCCAGCAGAUCAUGUUCAACGCUGAGUUCAAGGAGCCCUGAAGACUGGAGAUUUAGCGCUGUAUUCAGCGUCAGCGUUUACUCUACUGUCUUCACAUCUCAGCUUCAACUUUACUUCAUCAGUCUGUUUACUCUGUUUUACUCUACUGUCUUCACAUCUCAGCUUCAACUUUACUUCAUCAGUCUGUUAUUAAAGAGUUGAAGGAGCCCUGAACAUCAGCACAUUUACUGACGCUUUACUCUGUUUUACUCUACUGUCUUCACAUCUCAGCUUCAACUUUACUUCAUCAGUCUGUUAUUAAAGAGUUGAAGGAGCUCUGAACAUCAGCACAUUUACUGACGCUUUACUCUGUUUUACUCUACUGUCUUCACAUCUCCACAUUAAUGUGUGCUCGCUUUCAUUAGUCUGUUAUUACUCCAGAAGAGUUGAAGGAGCUCUGAAGACUGGAGAUUUACUGCUGUAUUCUCAGUUUAUACUCUACUGUUCACAUCUCAGUGUGUUUACCUUCAUUAUAAUCUUUUAUUCCUGCAGAAGAGCUGGUUCUGUUCAACUUUACACUGUAAGAAUAAAUGAAUCAUGUAAACCAGCUGUUAAAAUAACACACACACACACACACACACGCACACACACUCACACUCACACGCACACGCACACGCACACACACACACACACACACGCACACGCACGCGCACGCAGGACAGAUUCUUACAUGCUUUUGAGUUCAGAACCGUGAUGUCUGCAUAUUUCUCUAUUUAUUCUGCUGUUCUGCUGUUCAUAUCUCAGCUUCAGUCUGUCAUUUCUCUUUUAUUACUGCAGAAGUACUCACUCUCUGGUCAGAUUAAAUGCAACGCAUAAUUUAAACUCUGUUAAAUCACACAUGCAGCUCAUAUUUCUACAUGCAUUAUUAAAUCUCUCACUGCUGAUUGUUACUGAAACCCGAAUGCUCUCUAAUGCUGCACUGGAAUACAUCGUUUGAUAGAGACUGAAUGCUGUUUUUCUUUGUUGAUGUUUUUAUGAACUGUGAACAUUUGGCUGUGAAUACACACAUCAGUAACACUGAUGGAAAAGUGGGAGUUCUGCAUAAAUCUAAAGGUAAAUAAUGUGAAUAUAAUAAUGUCCUAAAGGUAAAGAGCUGGUAGCUUUUCAAAAGUUCACCUAAAAGAUCCAUAUCAGUAUCUUAGAAGUGUGAUUCAGCUUGUAAAUUGGACAUAUUUGCUCCUGAAAGUACAAGUGUUUUUGAACACUUAGAAAAAGUAACA